AUGAUCCUGCCCACAUCGUUAUCAUCAACCAACUGUCCAUCUAUUCCCGCCAACAAGACCACCAUGUCCAAAGGCCUCGCCCUCAUCACCGGCAUAAACGGCUUCAUCGCCGCCCGCACCGCCCUCACCUUUCUCCAAGCCGGCUACCGUGUCCGCGGCACGGCCCGCUCCCUCCACUCCACCAAGCCCCUCCUCUCCGCCAUCCCAGCCGAACUAGUUGCCAACCUCGAGAUCGUCGAAGUCCCCGACAUCACCAUCCCCGGAGCAUUCGACCAAGCCAUCAAAGGCGUCACCACCGUCGCCCACCUCGCCUCUCCCAUCUUCCUCACCUCCACCGCCCCCGGACCCGUCCUCAAGGCCGCCGUCGAGGGAACUCAGAGAGUCCUCGAGUCAGCCCUCACCGAACCCACCGUCAAAUCCUUCACCCUCAUGAGUUCGGUCGCUGCCAUCAUCGACACCGAGUCCCCCAACGCCCACUACGACGAGUCAAACUGGAAUGAGUCCUCAGAGAGGCUUGUCCGGGAGUUGGGCAACGAAGUUCCAGGGUAUAUCCUCUACUUUGCCAGCAAGACCGCCGCUGAAAAGGCCCUUUGGAAGUUUAGAGAUGAGCACAAACCUGCCUUCAAAAUCGCGGCUGUCAACCCCGUCUAUGUCGCUGGCCCACCCGUUGUUGUGCCGGAGACAAGGGACAAGAUUCACGGGACGACAAAGCUGAUCAGUGAUGUUUACUCUGGCAUUGAGCUGGCUAAGUCGGGGUUGCCAGGGGCGUUUCCCUCGUAUGUGGAUGUGAGGGAUGUGGCGAGGGUAAUUUUGUUUGGGGCGGAGAACCCGGAAAAGGUGGAUGGGGAGAGGUUUUUGUUGAGUGGGUAUCAUGUUCCCGCUCAGGCGGUGGCGGAUAUCUUGAGGGAGAGGUAUCCUGAGAGGGAGGGGGUGAUUGAGAAGGGGGAGCCGGGGCAGGGGUAUGAGAAGGGGUAUGGGUAUCCGAAGGAGAGGGUCUACGAUGGAAGCAAGGUGGUGAGGGUUACGGGGGAGGGGUAUAUUCCUUGGGAGAAGACUGUUGUUGAUUUUGUGGAGAGCGUCAAGGCGAUUUUGUGA